AUGCGGUGCUGGCUCCUGCUGCUCGCCCAGCUGCUGGCGGCUGCGCUCCCUCUGCCCCUGCGCCAGAGCUACUCAGUCCCUGAGGACUUCUCUGCCCUCCUGGAGCACCCACAGCAGCACUUUGGCCUGGUGGAUGAUUACGGCAUUAAACCAAAGCAGCCUCGCUUCAGGACCCGGGCAGCCCGGGAGCGGCCUGCAGGACUGCGCAGAGCUGGAAAAACCAAGCGUGAUGAGCUUGAUUUGUUGGAGUACUACUACGAUGCCCACCUGUGACCCCCCCCCCCCCCCCGCUUGGCCCUAUACUCCUGCAGGACAGCGGGGCACACAGGAGUCCGACUCUGCCACUGCGUUAAAAGUCACCCCCCGAGGGGUGUGACGGGAAGCUGGGCCACGGUCACAGGGAGGAGAUGCUGGCACCCCAGCCUGCAGCAGGGAAGGGCUGGAGCAG